AUGGAAAAUGACACACUAGAAGAUUAUCAAAUCGACGGAGCACUUUCAGUUAAUGUGCAGCUGCUGCUUAUGCUGCUACUAGUCUCGUCUCUGGUCGGCUUUUGCACUGGAUGCUUUUGCCUUACUCGCCGAGAUACGGACAAGAUGCCGACAGCAUUCAGCGCUUGCUGGGGACCAGAAGGAAAACCGCCAAAAUUCGACAAUGAACAGACAAAUGUAUAA